ACGCGAUCAUCACACCAUCCCCACCACCCCACUACCUGACUUGUUUACGCUAGGUUAUAAAACCAGGUGCACGGGAAAGAGAGGGGCUUUUUACGCUCUGUCUGUUGCUUCGGCCUGACGCUCGUAUACGUACCUUUUGUAAAUUAAAAUAAAUUGUAAAGCAAAAAAUAAAUAAAGUAAAUUAUAUCACGAUCUUUUGUGGUUUACUUGACUAUGUCGGACUCAGACGACGCUACAUCAGAAGUGCCGGACCCAACGCCACACCAACCUAUGCAAAAUAUGGACAACAGCUCACUUCUUACCAUGUUUUCAUCUGGUAUUGAAGUGAUUCUUAAAAAAAUUGCCGACAAUUUGACUGCAGUUCCAUCGAUUGGUACACGGCCAAAGUUACUGCCUUUCGAUCCGGAUACAACAGAUGCUGAUAUCGAAAACUGGUGUUCGUUAAGUGAAAUGGUCAUCGAAAAAAAAGGACUAGAAGGAGUUGACUUGAUUUUGGCCCUUACACACUCUCUUAAGGGCCGAGCUGCGACAUGCCUUACCAAGAUACAACCGGACAAGGUUUCCUGGAGCACCAUAAAGGAAAUGUUAAUAUCAACAUUUUCAAAACCGAUGAUGAUGCAGGAUCACUUCGAUCAAAUAAUAAAAUUUCGAAUUAACGAAAAGGAAGGACCAGCUGAGUCGGGUAUGCGACUGUGGCAGCUUAUGGAGAAGAUUCCUGAUGCAAAUCUACCAGAAAACGUCAUGACAGGUUUUGCUAUCUCCGUCCUAUCCCAGUGUGAUGACAAAAUCCGCCGAGAACUUAAUUCGGUGGUUAUAAAUAGCAAAAAUCAACUGUUUCGCACUCUUCGAAGUUUCACCUUAAAACGAAGACUUGAAGAAUCAUCUUCUUCUGAAUACGAAGCCAAAAAACAACGUACAUCGAUAACGUUCCGUGGGGUAUGCCACUUUUGCGGGAGGAUUGGCCACCGCGGUCAGGAUUGCAGGGACAAACAACGUCUGAUCGCUAAAAACCAAUCUACUUUCGCCAAAACAGAAAGUACGAACCCUUCAAAAUCCACUGGAACCUGCUAUGUGUGCAACGACCCGGGACAUCUUGCAUCCACGUGUCCGCUGCGCUGGAAGAAGAAGGAUGAUACAGCGGCCAAUACCAGCACCAGCAGCAAACAUGUGAACCUGUGUUCGAGGUCAUCGCGAGGUGUGUUACAGAUAAAUCAAUGAAGGUGCGCGUACGAGGACUUACGCACGUCAGCAUGGCCGUGACGGCGCAAAGUCAUCGUACCACUUUGUAAACACGUGCACCAGGCCGAGCAUCACGCGAUCAUCACACCAUCCCCACCACCCCACUACCUGACUUGUUUACGCUAGGUUAUAAAACCAGGUGCACGGGAAAGAGAGGGGCUUUUUACGCUCUGUCUGUUGCUUCGGCCUGACGCUCGUAUACGUACCUUUUGUAAAUUAAAAUAAAUUGUAAA